GAAGAUAGGAUGUAUUCAAAUCUCUCAUUAUAUGGGUACUAAACCUCGAGAUUAUAUACACCAUUAAAAAAACAGUAUCUAACAACACACCCAGACAACCAACAAUAUUGAUGCGUCUCACAACAGCAUUUAGCCUGCUCACAGCAGCAGCAGCAGCAGCAGCCCAAUGCAACGGCCAAACCGCCUACUGCAGCCGCCCCUUUUCCAACAUAACCUUCAUCGGCGCCCACGACAGCCCCUUCAUCGGCAGUGGGCUAAGCGACAAUCAAAACAUCAACAUAACCGCUCAACUAGACAUGGGCAUUCGCUUCCUGCAGGGCCAAACACACUACUUCCUCAAUGAAUUAACAAUGUGUCAUACGAGCUGUAUACUCGAAGACGCUGGCCCUCUUUCGGGGUUCUUAUCAGAGAUUAAAGUCUGGCUGGAUUCGCACCCGCAGGAGGUUGUGAUGGUUCUAGUUACGAAUGGCGAUAAUGUCGGAAUUGGGAAUUUUAGUGCGGCGUUUGAAGAGAGUGGGAUUGAUGGGUAUGCGUUUGUGCCGAGUACGAGUCCCGGUGUGUUGCCGAUGGGACAGUGGCCCACGUUGCAGGAAUUGAUUGAUCAGGGGAAGAGGGUUGUUGCUUUCUUAGACUACGGCGCAGAUAUGUCUUCAGUCCCAUACAUCCUCGACGAAUUCUCGUAUUACUUCGAAACACCCUUCGACGUCACGGACUCCACUUUCUCGGAUUGUAGUAUCAAUCGUCCCUCAGGCGCAAGUGCUGAUGGUCGUAUGUAUAUCGUCAAUCAUUUCCUAGAUGAAGACAUUUUGGGCAUUGAUAUCCCCGAUCGCGCUGAUGCGGCUACUACGAAUGCUGUUUCGGGGACGGGUAGUAUCGGUGCCCAGGCACAGCUCUGUGAAGGGUUGUAUGGACGUGCGCCAAAUGGGAUAUUGUUGGAUUGGACGGAUAAAGGGGAUGGGAUUGGGGCACAGAAUGCAAUUAAUGGGGUAUGAUAUUUGUCCAGUAUAUAUAUACACACUUAAAUGAUGGUAGAAUUGAGCCGAGAUUGACUACUCAUCAAUCUCAACCUGCAUUUGG